GUCACUGGUAAAAUGUUACUAAGUUUAUCAAUAGAUUCACCGUAUCCGUGUGUGAAGUUGUAUGACUUUUAAUAAUGCCGUUGGGAAAUAAAAAUAGCGAUGGGAAUACAAUAUGGAUUAUUUUGAAGAAAGGCAUCGAUAUAAUCCUGUUUCUUUUGGGUCUUGGCUGGAUGAUAAUUGGAGCUGUAAUCCUUGGGACAAUCUCAUCCAACAGUGACAUCAACAAAAUUUUAAACAUCAUUACAAUACUUUCUAAUGGAGUCGGUGACGACAUCAAAAUCCUGUCCGUAAUGUUAAUUGUCAUAGGAGGAGGUACCAUGAUGUAUGCAGUAUUUGGUUUUGUUCUAUUCUGUAUAAAAGAAGAAAAGAAGAAUGAGAUACCUUCGAGAUGGAAAACAAUGCACAUUAUCUACCCUGUUAUUGGUGUUUUAUUGAUUGUGUCAACGAUAGUUGUCCUUGGCCUAUGGAGUCACAUAAGAAUUAAGUUUGAAGAGGACGACCCAAAGAUUCGUUUGCUUGAGAACAUGAGAACAUACUUUACAUCAGAUGUAGUCGGCAACACAGAUUCAUUUCCAAAUUCAUGGAACAAACUUUUUAUGGAGUUGGACUGUUGUGCAAUAAAUCCUGUGUUCAGCAAAGAUAAUGAUUUUGACCCGACUCCUUGGUGUAGAGAGAGGGGAGAAUGCCAACAAACUAAUUCUGAAAUUCCAAAGACCUGCUGCAAGGGUGUCACAGUUAACACAUAUGCGUCAGCUCCAUCAGACUGCCAUGCAAGUGUAGACAGUGGAACAUAUAAUUCCAAGGGAUGUUACGAAGUUUUAAGGAAUAAAAUAGAUAUUUAUCCUUCAGCCGUAAUUGGUGUUGGUGUGCCACUUUUUAUCUUUGGGAUAGUUGCUGUUUUCCUAUUCUUGAAAAACGUUUUGCAUGGAUUCAACAAUUCAGCAAUUGACCCAGAAAAUCAAUAACAGUGCAAAGUUUGCAUAAUAGCGGGUCAUGAUCCCGACUCGAUGAUCUGCAAAUUUCAAGAAAAGCAAGAUGAAAGUGUUGUUGCUUUCCACAGCCAUACCUGAUAUCAACUAUGAAUUAUUACUACUAAAUUAUUUAACAAGAACAUAAUUAUGAACAAAUGGAAUAAAAAAUACAAAGUUUUGAGACAACAGUAAAUAUAUAUAAAAAAAUAACAUCUAUAUAACUGUAACGACUCAAAUUUUAUAUUACUUCAAAUAACAUAAGUUGUAGGUUUUCAGACUAGUUAGAAAUACAUUGUGGAAGGUCUUGAUGAAAAGUCUGAUUUCAUUACAUGUAACGGUAUGAAUGUAAAAUUAUUCUUCACUGCAUUGAUAAUUUCAAAAUAUAAGAUAAAAUCUCGACUAAAAGUCUGCUGUGACAGAAAUUCAUUGUAAACUUGUUAAAAUUGUCAUUAUAUAUUUGUAUCAA